AUGGCCGAUGGACCUUUACCGGCACCACCACGCUACAUCGCGAGUUUGGCAGUGCACUCUCAGCGUGUGUUUCGCCUGAGCUGUGUGUUCUUUCUGGUAUGUGCAGUUGGCAGCCUCGUACUGUUCUGGCCGAUCCUCAUCAAAGAGGACUUCGAGGCGUACCUUCAAUGUGACGGGCCCCAGCAUGGCAGGCUCUGUUGUGGACAGAAGCUCGAGGUCUCGAGGACAGCCUGGGGCCGGGAGUCCUUGCAGCGACAUCAACAUAGGUCGCAGCAUGCUGAAAUCACUUCCAUGACCCUUGACUCACACAUGCUGGAUCACCUCUUCUUCGUGCCGCUGCUUCUAGCCACGGCGGCAGAUGCAAUUGAAUUACAGGCAAGACCUGCAGGAACGACAGACACGCUUUUCAAGAAGCUUAUGGAGUCCAAUAUGGUCCAAUGGUCCCCACUGCUUCUGCAGGCUGUGGCUGGUGAGAAGAAAGGCACCAACGUGGAGGAGAGGGAGAAGAUGUCCAUGGAGAUCCUGGACAUGCAGUCAGAAGUUUCGAAGGUCCAAGCGACACUUGAUCACCUCCGGUCGGCCGUGGAUUCCUGCGGUGACACAGGUGAGGAAUGUGCGCACCCUCGGCAGUGCUGUCAGGGUGUACAGUGCUGUGCCGACGGCACACAGUGCUGCGACAGUGGCAAUUGCUGCGCUGCCAACGACGUGUGCUGUCAUGGAGGAUGCUGCAGCCAGGGCAACGUUUGCUGUGCCAACGGUCUCUGCGGUGCUCCUGGCAGCAGAUGCCAGGAUGGCCUUGUCCUGGCCCCACCAAUAAGUGUAACUGCCGCUCACGCAAAGGAAGCCGUUGAAGGCGCCAAGAAGGUGCUGGAGAAAAUCGAAAGCGAGGCGUUCAAGGCUCGAUGUUGCGGCUCCGUGAGCUCCGUGCGAACGAGUGUGAAUACAAGCAGUUACAAGCAUAUGCGUAUUUUUCUUCGUGUGUGUUCACACGUCUCAAAACGUCUGAAACAACACACGUGA